AUGCAGAGGCAAUACAGUCGAGAUCGGAAAACCGCCCCUAUUUCGGAGCAAUUGGCCCCUCGACAAAUGCCGGGGCUGUCAGGGCGGCCAUGGCCGAUCGCGGGCUGUUCAUUGGCUGCAUGCCUCUUGAUCGGAUUGAUGUAUUUGCUCCAGUCAUCCGUCUUUUUCGGGCCCUUGGUUUUACCCGGGCGGCAUCAUCAAAAUAUUCAAGAGGAUGAGGCCAUCAUUGCUCGACCGCGGAUAGAACUUCACCCAGAGGACCAUGUGUACCGGGCGCCCGCGACUCAGUAUUUGGACUGGCGUGUGACCUCGGAAUUUCGCAGACCAGACGGUGUAUUGAAGCGGGUCUAUCUCAUCAAUGGCCUUUUCCCUGGACCGACGGUGGAGGCCCGCCCUGGUGACACCUUGAUCAUCAAUGUUACCAAUGCCUUGCCGGAUGAACCAAUUGCUCUCCAUUGGCACGGCCUUCAUGUGGCUAGUAAGCAUCUGCCGUCGUCCGAUCUUCGAUUAAAAGUAUCGGGGCUAACUCACAUAGAUGCCAUGGAUGGUGCAGUGGGGAUCUCACAAUGUCCCAUCACUUCCGGAAGACAUUUUGUUUACAAUUUGACGAUCCCGUCCGAUCAGAGUGGAACUUUCUGGUACCAUGCCCAUUCGGGGGUCUCGCGGGCUGAUGGCCUUUAUGGUGGGCUAGUCGUCCAUGCACCAGCUUCCAAAUCGACCGCUCCCAGCUUAAUGCCCCGGAGGCGCGAUAAUCUCCCCCGAUACACCUAUGACAGAGAACUUUUGCUUCUCGUGGGGGACUGGUACCAUCGCACCGCGGGUGAUGUUCUUGAAUGGUAUAUGGACCCAGGGAACUUUGGAAAUGAGCCUGUUCCCGAUUCCAUGCUCAUCAAUGGGGCAGGGCAUUUUGACUGCAUGAUGGCGGUGCCUGCUAGGCCGGUGGAUUGCAUUGAUCAGCAAGUGAAUAAUUCAUUUAUCGACCUCGAUCCUUAUGCGUCAUAUCGAAUCCGCGUGGUCAACACUGGAGCUCUAGCCGGGCUAAGUCUCGUUUUCGACAACCAUCUCUUGGACCUGCUUCAGGUGGAUAGUGUCGAUGUGGCACGCUCCAAAGAAAGGAAUAUAAAUUCCAUCGGCGUACUUUUACCAGGGCAACGCAUGGAUUUUAUUCUUCGGCCAUUAUUGCAGACGUCUGAGAAGCAGUCACACAUGAGGAUUCAGUUCGAUCAAGAUUCCUUCAAGUACACCAACCCAGCAUUGACGCCUGAUCAAACCUUCGCCAUCAACUACCGUUCCGAUGCCGUUGACGGACCUCCGCUCAAGGCGAACCAUCUCAACAUCGGAGAAGCACCUUCUGCGCCGUCUAUUCUCCGUUCCAUCCCUCCCAUUGCGCAGCAAACACAUGUGGUCUACACAAAGAUCCAAAAGAUGGCACGACACUCCAACAAACCAUUCGGUUACUUCAAUCAGACUACCUGGAAGCCCCAGCAAGAUCCACCCGCUCCAUUGGCCUCUAUACCACGGGCCAAAUGGGACGCAAACCAAUUCGCAAUAACCACGGGGCCGGAGCCCGUAUGGAUAGAUCUGGUAAUCAACAAUCUAGAUGAAGGAUCCCACCCCUUCCACAUGCAUGGCCACCACUUCUACGUACUCGCAGUCCACCAAGCCGAAUUUGGCUGGGGCUCCUACAAUCCUUUCGUUGACAAAAUCCCACCACACCUAGAACCUGAGUCAGAUGCGUUGAGAAAUCACACAGAUGACGCCAAUAACCCCAGCACUGGUUAUAAUUCCGGUCUGUACGACACAUCCCGGGCUGCUUUGCGUGACACAGUCCAGAUCCCAAGUCGCGGCUAUGCUGUUCUCCGUUUCCGGGCGGAUAACCCCGGCGUUUGGCUUUUCCAUUGCCAUAUGCUUUGGCAUUCGGCGACGGGUAUGGCCAUGUUGAUUGAUGUGCAGGGCGAUCAGGCGGGAUUGGAUGCGCACGCUGACAGCGGAGAAUCAUGUCCUGUUUUUUGA